AUGCUUCUGACUACUAUUCUUGUCGUCGUCGGUCUUCGCGUCGGUGGAGCAGAAAAUUGGAAAAUGGAAAAUUGUCCGGUUACAUCGAAGCCAGUCACUGAGAAGCCAAUCACUGAGGAGCCAAUCACUGAGCAGCCAAUCACUGAGGAACCAGUCACUGAGGAGCCAGCCAAAUGCUGCCCAUACCCACUUAGACCAGGAGUUACUGUCAACGUGACUGGCCCAAGCUUCAAAUGCGACGAACCAAUCGCAAUGGAAUGUCAAAUUACCAACGACUUCGGAGGUUUAGUAAAUAAAAUCGGAAUUGCCGGUUCCAGCGAUGGUUAUACCAAUACUAUUCUCACCGUCUCUGAGGAGAAAUUUCUUGAGAAAACCGUGAUCUGCUCUCCAUCCAGUGCCAUGUGGCAUCUUGAAGGAGUACCAGAAGACAAAUUUUCUGGUUUCACUUGUGCUUAUAUGUUUAGCAAUGGAACAUGGCUAUAUCAAUAA